AACAGUGAUUAUUUAGAGAAAAAAAAAAAUGCACGCUAAAUUCUAAAACAAAUUCAUAUUAAGGUAAGGUCAAGCGAUAGUAUCUCAGCGUUAGGGCGUAGCGUAGGACAGUGAACCAGCGACGGCCUGUGUCAUAUUGAUCAUGCAACUUGAAGACGAGCUUCAAACAAUGGAGCCUAACAACAACACAGUAACACACGACGAAGAACAAGAAGACGACGACGACGAACAUGGCGUUCUCCUCUAUUACAAGUACGCCCAGAUCCCGGACCUCAACCAUCUCCUUGAUUUCUACACCUCCAAUUGCAAUUCCCUCCGCCUCCUCGGCCGUGUUCGUCUCUCUACUCUCGGCGUCAACGUCACUGUUGGUGGGACGCUAAGCUCGUUGAAGAAGCACAUUGCUGCGGUUGAGUGGAACAGUUUGUUCCAUGGCACCGACUUCAAGAUCGCGGCUUCUCCUCGCCCAAUGGGCGACAAGGUUGCCAAAGAAUGUGGAUUCACUUCUCUCUCAAUUCGCAUUGUGAAGGAAUUGGUUACUUUGCACUCUAAUCCUCUGCUACCAGAAAUUUCAGAUGCUGGGAAGCAUCUUUCUGCUCUCGAGUUUCACUCUGUUCUCCAAAAAGCUGAUGCUAGGGAUCCAACAGACAAUAAGCAACUUGUUUUGUUAGAUGCAAGAAAUUUGUACGAGACGAGAAUCGGAAAGUUCGAUGCUCCAAAUGUCAAAACUUUGGAUUCAGGAAUUAGGCAGUAUAGUGAUUUGCCCUUGUGGAUUGAUCAUAACUCGGAGAACUUGCGGGGCAAACAUGUCCUCAUGUAUUGCACUGGGGGAAUCAGGUGCGAGAUGGCAUCAGCUUAUAUAAGGUCAAAAGGGGCUGGUUUUGAGAAUGUAUUUCAGUUAUUUGGUGGAAUACAGCGUUAUUUGGAGCAAUUUCCUGAUGGUGGUUUCUUCAGAGGAAAGAAUUUUGUUUUUGACCACCGGAUAUCAGUUGGGAGCUCAGAUGCAGAUAUAUUGGGUAGCUGUCUUUUUUGUGGCUUACCCUUUGAUGAUUAUUCUUCGCGCCUCCGGUGCACUUACUGUAGAAUGCUUGUUUUGGUUUGUUAUAGUUGCCAGAAGGAGGGCAUUGCAUUUGUCUGUGAGCUAUGCAAGAAACACCACAAAGAUGUUGGGUUGAUUUCAUCAGUUGAAAAUGGCAGAUCAGAGGAAGUUUCAGCCUAUGCUGAACUCAAUACUGAUUCCGCAGAUGCCAAAAUCUCACCUCAUGUACCUGAGAAACAGGAUAACAGACAUCGACGAAAACUCAGAAUCUUAUGCUUGCACGGAUUUCGACAGAAUGUGUCUAGUUUCAAAGGAAGAACUGCGUCAUUUGCCAAGAAACUUAAGAACAUUGUUGAGCUUGCCUUAAUUGACGCGCCUCAUGAGUUGCCCUUCAUUUAUCAACCAAGUGUAUCAGAGUCGGAUCAAACUUGUGCAUCACCUUCACCACUAAAAGGUCCUCCUCCACCGUCGCAGCAUUGCAAGAAGAAGUUUGCCUGGUUAGUGUCACCCAAUUUCGGCCAAAGUAGCAAAACAGACUGGAAAAUUGCAGAUUGUCCAUUUGAUGCUCUCCAAUACCAGCAGCAAACUGAUGGGUUUGAGGAAUCAUUGGCGUAUGUAAAAGAUAUGAUCUCUCGAGAAGGGCCAUUCGACGGGAUCUUGGGAUUUUCUCAGGGUGCUGCAACGGCUGCCGCAGUGUGUGCUCGACUAGGGACACUUAAUGGAAAACUGGAGUUUAGAUUUGCAAUUUUGUGUUCUGGGUUUGCUCUGAAUUUACCGGAGCUUGACGGGGGAUUGAUCCAGUGCCCCUCACUUCACAUUUUUGGGAGUGACGAUGGAAAAGACAGGCAGAUAGCAAACAAAGCAAGCAGAGAACUGGCUUCAUUGUUUGACGAUGGUUGCUCUGUCGUAAUCCAACAUGACUCUGGCCAUAUAAUCCCUACUCGUUCUCCCUAUAUAGACCAGAUCAAAGAAUUUCUCCAACGCUUUCUCUAAUGGUCUCCAAUUCAUCUUUGUUUGCAUUAGCAUUUCUUUAACAAGCACAGAAAUAGUUCACCAAAAUGACAAUUAUUUUUAUUUAUCAUUUAUAAACAGUUUAUCAUGCCCAAAGAAUUGAAUCAAGGGAUAACAUCCUAUUUGUG